AUGGCGCUCUCGCCAAUCACGAUGCUCGUGAGUCUCAUAGCUGCCCUCUUCUCAUGGACCUCCACAGCCCAAUCUCAACCACUCACUGGCAACCAAAUCAUAACUGGGCUCAGUUUCAGCUGCUUAAGCUACCAAGAGUUCACGACUCUCAUAUUGGCUCUUCCGAGCGAGCCUGGGAGCUCUGAGGCCCAGUUGUUUAUAGAUCAGUUCAAUGAAUAUAUAGAUGCGAAUGUAGCCGGUACGGCGGCUGUUCUGGAGAACCUACCGCCUCCGUUUUCCGACGUGGUACAGUAUGCGAUUCAGGCAGUUGCCUUUGAUUUGAUCCGCGAAAAUCGCCGCUUCCUCGAUGCUGUUGUUGCCAAAGAGGACUCUUUCACCGAGGACCAACAGGAGACGCUCUCUGAUCUGGUGAGCCAAGAGAGAGUUAUUGUGGAGCAAUACCUCAACGGGACCAGUGUGUACGCUCCGCAAGUUCAGGACAUUCAGGAGCCGUUGUGGGCGGCCUUCCUAGAGAGCGUCAGCAGCACUGUAGAAGCGUUAGAGAACUAA